UGCAUUCCUAUCCUUCAUUAUUGCCAUCAUACAAUAAUGAAAGAAGUCCUUCAAAGAAAUUUAGGCAAUAAUGAGGUCACUUGUCUUGUCUGGAUACCUGUUGCAGCUAGAGUGUAACAUUGAGGGGUGGAUGAAGGAAGCUUCAGCUUGGCGCAAGGUUAGACGAAAGGACUUUUAGGUAUAACUCUACUUGCACAUGGACAUAGUUUUAUUAUUCUUUAACAUUAAAUCUAUUUUUAAGAAAAGGGAUAAUAAGGAAAUAGUACCAAACCUCUUAUUUCAUGAUACAAGAAAGUUCUUUUAUUUUG